AUGCGUUACGAGUCCUUGGCAUUGAUAUUAAUUCUAAGCAUCCUCCUGAUGGCCAAUUUCAAUCCUGUGUGUGCUCGCAGAUUCCACUAUCAUCACAAGAGACAAAGAUCGGGCCUCGAUCCAAACAGUAAGCCUUUAUUUUGUAGAAUUGACCUAAACUCCACGAAAAUGGCCUCCAAGGCUGCGGAUGAGGCUAAAGCUGCCAAGGAAGCGCAGCCCUGCGCCAGCGAGGAAGCCAAACAACGUGUCAUGAAACAAAUGGCGAAUAAAGCCGAGCAGGCGGCUAGAGCUGCCGAGCUUGCCUUAAGCGGAAGAAAGUUUCUACUUGAGCAAUUACAAGUCAGUCAAAAUGAAACGGUUGAUACAAUUGAGGGUGUUGAAAGUGAUUUAAAAAACAGUCGAGAGAGUAUGGAAACCAUUGCUCUUAUAAACACCCAAAUCAAAGAGACAAUAGAGGAAAUGCAGUGUUUACAAGAUGAGGCCGAAGCGAAUCUUGCCAAUUUUAAAGAAGUUUCUGAUAUUAUUAAAAAAGAUGUGCAGGAAAAGCAAGAAGUACUAUCACAUGCGGAAGAGCGGUCUUGUUAUCUGAAGGAUUGCUUUAUAAAAGCCAAAGAGGAUCUAGAACGCACAGAGGUCAUUGCCGAGCAGGCAGAGGAAGCGGCGAGUGAGGCACAAGAAAGAAUCAAAGCUGUGCAUGAUGCGAUUGAGAAAAUAAAAAGACUUAGGAGAAAAGAUAGCAAAUCGUUGAACAAUAUUUUCAAAAGGCUUAUUAAAAAAUAGUUCUCUUUAAUAUCCUUAAUAUUUGUUAGAAUAAUAAAAACAAUUAUAUAUUUUUUAUUAAAUUUCAUGUAAAAUAUACACUUCUAAAGCUAUAAUUCGACAAUAUCCUCAACAAUUUACAAAGGACUACAAAUUGCAAUGACCCACCUCGAAAUAUUACAAGUGUUGGAUUCUUAUAUGACGCCAACAUACUUGAUUACCUAUAGAUAGAGCUAAUUUAUACGAACCCCGAGAGCUAUAUCCCUUAAGGAUACGUCAGGAUUUGAUCGAGAUAUUAAUAAUUUUCGUUUUCUGAAAUUACCUGAUUAGUUGCCCCUAAAAGUAUGCAAC